UCUCUCGCCGAAACUUCUUUACCCUUCUUCGUUUGUCUCUCUGCCUUAUUCUCUUUCUCCUUGGCGGCGACACUUCCCUGUUUGUUUUCCCACGGGCGCUUCCUUCUCCUCCUCAGCAGCCCAAACGGUGGUAUGAUUAGUAUUGGUUUUUUUUUAUUUUGCUAGUUUGAGGUCUUCAAUUCACUAUUACUUUUAGAUAUAUAUUUUCUUUUAACAUAGUCUCUUUAUUUUUCUCCUAAAUUGGACAACAGAUGAUGAAGUCAGUGGCAGCAUUGUGGACGCUGCUUCGGUUGGAGCGAUAUCUGUGAUGACCAGGCAUAGUGGCGUGCUUAAUCGAGAAGGCUAUGAUUGAGAACGUGUUGGUGGCUGGGCGGUGAUGAAUAACGAUGCAAUGCAGCGGCAAUAUGCUUGCGGUGAUGGUUUUGUAUCUACCCAUUCUAUAUUGUAAAUAAAUUGUACAAAGUAUUACAUUUUUUCAUCUCAUAAGGAACAACAACUCUAUUGUAUGUUUAUUCAUAUAGUAAAUCAAUUGUGGUAUGUGGAAUAUAUCAAUUUGGUCUCGAAUUUGCUCAAUUGAGUUUUUAUUUGGUUUAAUAUUUUAAUAUUUCCAAAUUCUUGUCACAAGAAAUAUUUUCAGAGCUUAAUAAUCGAAUAAUUGUGCAUAUCCCUAAAAUAAAGAUUACAUAGGAGACCAUUUGUCGUCCCCAAAGUACAAGUUUAGGAACAACCUCUCGUCCCUAAAUAUAAUAUAGGUGACAACUUGGCAUCUCUAUAAAGGACCACUUGUUGUUCUGAAAUAGAACUUUGGAGACGAUCAAUUGACUCCAAUUUGACAAAAAUGGAGACGGCAUUUUAUCCCUAAAAAUAACAUAUGGGGACGACUUAUUGUGACUAAAGUCAUGGCUAUAGGAACGGCAUUUUAUCUUUCAUGAAGUACAGACGCGAUGACAGGUCAUAAAUUUUGGGGACGACUGUUGUCCCUAGUAUCGGGGACGACCUAUAUAUUAGUCGUCCCCAAAAGAAUAGAGGACAAGAGUAUAAGGGACGAAAUUCUGAGAACGACUUAGUCGUCCUCAAAAACUAUGGGGACGAUUUUGUCUAUUUCCGGGGACGAUUUUUAUUGUCCCCAUACCUUUUUUUUAUAGUGUAUAUGUCCACACUACUGCAGAUUUUUAUGGCUGCACCGCACAUGCUUAAUUUAAUCAAUAGUGUCUGGGCUACCAGGAACUUAAUGUCACCUCAUCUCCGAUUCAUAGUAGGGUGUGCAUAAUACCAACGAUCCGAGGAUGAAAGGACCAAGCAGCUAGAUGGGGCUGAAAGGGCCAGACUUUUUGCCCGGUUUACGAAAUUUGUUGUUUCAGCUAAAACGAUAAUAUUCUUUUUUUUUUUUUGGUAGAAAAAAAACGAUAAUAUUCGACCCUCAAGAUAGGGUGAAUAAUCUUAGUGUUAAUAACUAUGAGUAAUUAAAUCUGGACACUUCUUUUAAGUGGCUACAGAUUGAAGAGUGGAGAAUUAAAUGAAUUUAUUUUUCCUAGUUUUCUUGAUUGAAUCAUAUCUUCUUCAUUCUACUCGGAUUUUAAUUUUUUUAUUUCACAGAUGGAACGAGUUUGUUGUGCUCUACAAAAUGAUAUCCAUUUUCAAUAUUUUUUGAGAAAAUUUUUUUCAUACCUCUCGUUACCAACUCCAUACCAUAUGGUAUCUCCUUCGGAUUUUAGUCGUUUUAGAAAAUUUUUGCACAGAAGGAACGAUUUAAUCAUGAUCUAUUGGAUUUCAAAUUUUUCUGUGUGAAAAAAUUUCAUACCUCUCGUUACCAACUCCAUACCAUACUAUACCAUCCUGGUAUGGGGUGGUAUUUUCCAUACCAUGUGGUAUGCUGUUAUUUAACUGAAUGGCUAAUUGCCGCCCUUAUUUUACUUCUAUCGCCCUAAUUUAAGAAACGAAAGUACUAAAUUAACCCCAACUAACCAAAUAAAAAUAAACAAAAAAGCCCUAAAAUUCCUAAUCAUUUAUCUUCUUCCAACCGGCGUUGCCCUCCAAACCACUUCCGCCGCCAAAUAUUUGCAGUGCAGAAGUCCUCCACCGCCGACGGAGAGCUCUCCAAAUGGCCCUGGUAGACUAAGGCGCGAGUCCUCCAAGAGAUUACUUCAGCCCAAAGGCUCAUUUAUCUUUUGUCCUCGAAGGUGCUGCGAGCCACAUAGACAGCGGCAGUCAGACAGAAUCUAGCAGUGGUAGCGACAACAACACCAUCAUCACACAUCAGUAUUUCCGCCUUCCGGCCAUUUCAAAUCUCACACAACUUCUGUAUAUUAUAAUAUAACCCUUUAACUACUUUUCGGUCUCAUUGAAAAAAGUUAUUUUCAAAGACACAAUCUACUGUACGCCUAGACACGAAAUUACUAUUCAUUUAGACUCAAUUUUACUGUUCACCGUUCCCCCAUUGGUCCAAGCUCUGCGAUUGGGCCCGCCUGCGUUUUCUGAUUGGUUGGCUGCCUGCGUCUGGGUCCCGCCGUUGUUGCUGUGUGUGCCGCGUUGCCCUCAACUACACGCUUAUCUUCACUUCGAGUUUCGCGCUGGCCUCAAAUCGAGUGUACUUUUCCCAUCUGGUCUUAUUGAUGAUGAUGGCGAAGGUUUGGAAAGAGUGAAGCUCUUCGGUUCCCAAGAGUUUCUCGGAUAUUGCAAUCCUUCACAUGGAGGUUGAGUGGCCUUGGAGAGGGUCAGUGGCAAAUAAGAACCCUCUUUCUUAUUCACUGCAAAUCCUUUUCCUUCUCUCACAUCCCUUCUUUGCUCAUCGGUCUCUCAUUUCUCUCUGUUUGUGUGUUGCAGAAAAACAGUCGAAGCAGUCUUGGAUACGACGAUGAUGGCGAUCAAGAGACGGAUUUGAGGUGCCUGGAGUUGAUAAGGAGAUGGCCGACUUGAAGCGAUCAGCGGGUUUUAGAGGUCUGGAGAAGACCCACACCAGCUGGCAGUGCAAUUGAUUUCUGGUUAUUCAUCUUUUCUCUGCAUCCUUCUCUCUCAACCUGCCAGAGGAGGGUGAAGGCGGCAGAGCCGCUUGUAAUCUGCUGCAUCUUCAAUUAGUCUAUUCUAUUCGCACGUUAAUGCCGUAUGGGCUCUCCCUUCGCUUUCGUUUUGAUGGAUUUAACAUGAUUGCUGUUUACUAGGGUUCCUGAAGUUCGGGUGCAACCCUCUUUCUCUUUCUUUCGGUGUCUGCUUUAUUAUCCCGAUUCUCAGGAGCAGCUCGGUUAGGGUUUGCAAUUCGGGCGCUUUCUUUCUCUGUUCUUCUCCAAGGGGAUACAUUUGCUUACCGAUGGUAAGGCAUGGUCUGAUAAUGGGUGGAUGUGCAGUCAGGAUUGGUUAGAUAAUGGUGGUUGGGCUGGUGGUUCUUUUGUGGGGAGAGGAAGAUGAGGGUUUUCCAGAGAACGGCCUAGCUGGUGAGGGAGUGGGUUAUGCGGAAGUAGCUGCACGGAGACGACACGCAGCCUAAUUCCAGUACGGAGCAAAGAACCUAAUUAUUCUCUGGUUUCGCUCUCUAUCUUCAGUUUUUGAACUAACCUUUUCUUCUCUUUUGUGGUCGUUGUUUGCAUGUUCUCCCCUCUGCAAUCGAUUCCUUGGAGGUGGGAUUCACUAGAUGCUGGCGAUUGGAGUUAACAUCCCUGCUCUCAACAACAAUACAGUCUCAUCUCAUCUCUCCUUUCUCUCUCUCUCUCUCUCUCUCUCUCUCUCUCUCUCUCUCUCUCUCUCUCUCUCUCUCUCUCUCUCAUCAAGGAGCCGAUGUAGUUGUGAGCGACCUGGGAAUCGACUCUGCCCCACCGGUUAUGAGAGUCCAUGUCCGGCGUAGAGAAGAUCCGAAGAUGGUCUCUCUCUUGCUUUCAUUGCUUUCGAACCACCCUCCCUUAAUCUUUCCUUCUCUUAAUUCUUCUCUCUACGCUUUCUCUUAUCAAGGCUAUUCAAAUUAGGACGGAAGUCUGGUAGAUUUUUUUUUUUUGUAUCUGCAGGCUUUAUUUGGCUUUUGGUUAACAUCCAACUUCUUCUCAUUGUUAUAUGGUUUAGGAGCACUUCUACUAUGCUAUAUAGUAUUGGUGCUUUAAUGUACAACUUAAAGUUGUACCAUAACAUUAAAUGUAUAAGUUUAAGUUGUACCAUAAAGCAAUUUGUAUCAUUAUGUUAUGGUACAACUUUACAACUUGAAGUUGUACCAUCACGUAAAAGUACAAGUUCAAGUUGUACCAUAAAAGAAUUUGUACAAAAAGUAUAGGUACAAUCUAAAGUUGUACCAUAACGUAAAUGUACAAUUUUAAGUUGUACCUUAAAGGCAAAAUCCUAUAGCACCAAUACUAUAUAGCAUUGUAAAAUUACUCAUGGUUUAGGUAAGUUACUACCUUUCUGCUAUCUGGAUGGCCUCUGCUAUCAAUCAGUAGUCAUUUCUUUGGUUUCUCUUUAUCUGCGAAAGGGGAAGUAGAAUAUGCUAAGGAAGACGAACCAUAUAUAUUGCCUUGAAAAUUGAACACAAGGUUGUUAUCUCUGAUCUUCUCGCAUGUGCCUUUCAGCGCUCAAGGUUCCUGAGGUGAAGAAAUCCUUGGGCGUUCCUGAAAUCACCAUUCCACCGGCGGCCACCACAGCUGCCCAGACACCCUUCAACCUGUUUUCAACACACAGACAGGAUGAAGUAGUGGAAGAAGCGGCAUUCAUGUCAUCUGAUGAUUCGUCAUCAGCAAAGACAUCCAGUAAUAUCGGGUCAUCAUCUUCAAUUAUGAUCCAAGACCAAAGCUUUCGACCUACUGAUGAACAGACUGUGAAUGGUUGAAUUUUGUUCAUGAUCGUCAAUGCCAAAGCUUCAUGCAAAACCCAGCCGGCACAACAAAUAAUCUCUUGCUGGAAACGCACUCCGAAAACGUAUCAACUAGCUGCUCUAUGGAGAAGCAAGUUAAGGAGCGGAAGAAAAGCAAGAAGUAAUGCAUUGAUGAUUUUGUUCAGUGAUCGCACGGAGGAAACAAGGUUUGAAUUUGUUUUAAGUUGAAUUUUACUUAUGGUUGGUCACAUGUUAACAGUUUAGAAGAGGAGGAGAGGGUUGUUUAGAUUAUAAAUAAUACCCCACUGCUUUUCUCUUCGAUGGGUUUGAUCGAGGUUUUCAUGUUUACUUCGCCAUCUUACUUUCAGAUGUUCUUUUGAACGUACCAUCUUCAUCGAUGAGGGGAGAACUUCUUAUGGCACACGCAGAUUCAUAGGUCUUUUCUGGUUGGACUUGAUUUUGUGUCUUUUUCUCUAAUGGGUGAACUUGAAGCGACCAGGGGAGAUCCUGUCCCGCAAGGUCUGUUGUGUAUUUCUUUUAUGCAAUUUCCCCCCUCUUUUCUUAUAUGAGUUGGUUUGCCCUUUCUUUCUCAAAAUGCGUUGUUUGAUCAAUUUUUUGAAGGAGAUUUCGGCACUGAAAGUCUGGGAGGUGGCCAUUGAAUUCCAACGAGGAGUAGCAAUCCGAAGAUCUGUGCUUAGGUUAUAGAUCCACGUUGGAUAGGACCCGCGGUGGUGGGAACGUGAUUCACUACGGAGGGAAAUCAGAUUUGGCGACUCAUGAGUUUGAAGUGAGAAUUUGAAUGUUUUGUUGGUUUUUUUGGUGCAACCUGGAAAUCCGUAAAGGAUAUGUGUUGACUCUUACACUCAGGCCUCUCCUUCCUAUCCAAAUGCGCCAUCUUAUUUUAUAGUUUCAUUUUGAACACCCGUCACCUAAUAAUCUGUAGUUUGUUCAUGUCUCCCUCUAUGUAACGAAGCUAUUGGCUAUGUAGCUUUUUCUUUUGUUCGUGAUUCAGUACCAGUGUAGCACACUUAAUUAAAUUAAGUCUGGCCA